GACCCAGUGCUCAUCAUGGCGACCGCUGCGGUGUCCGCCCCCGCCGGAUCCGGCCCCAGCGCCGGCUCGGCGGCCGAGCUCGUCCGCGGCCAGGCCUUCGACGUCGGGCCUCGGUACCACAACCUCUCGUACAUCGGGGAGGGAGCCUACGGGAUGGUGUGCGCCGCCCACGACCGGGAGAACAAGGUGCGCGUGGCCAUCAAGAAGAUCAGCCCCUUCGAGCACCAGACCUACUGCCAGCGCACUCUGAGGGAAAUCAAGAUCCUGCUGCGCUUCAAGCACGAGAACAUCAUCGGGAUCAACGACAUCAUCCGCACGCCGACCAUCGACCUGAUGAAGGACGUAUACAUCGUCCAGGACCUCAUGGAGACCGACCUGUACAAGCUCCUGAAGACUCAGCACCUGAGCAACGACCACAUCUGCUACUUCCUCUACCAGAUCCUCCGUGGGCUGAAGUACAUCCACUCUGCCAACGUGCUGCACCGCGACCUGAAGCCCUCCAACCUCCUGCUCAACACCACCUGUGACCUCAAGAUCUGUGAUUUUGGUUUGGCUCGUGUGGCCGAUCCCGACCACGACCACACCGGGUUCCUCACAGAGUACGUGGCCACCCGCUGGUACCGAGCACCGGAGAUCAUGCUCAACUCCAAGGGCUACACCAAGUCCAUAGACAUCUGGUCAGUGGGCUGCAUCCUGGCUGAGAUGUUGUCCAACAGGCCGAUCUUUCCUGGGAAACACUACUUGGAUCAGCUCAACCACAUUCUGGGGAUCCUGGGUUCUCCCUCUCAGGAGGAUCUCAACUGCAUCAUCAACAUCAAGGCCAGGAACUACCUGCUGUCGCUGCCCCUGCGCUGCAAAGUGCCGUGGAACCGCCUCUUCCCCAACGCCGACCCCAAAGCUCUGGACCUGCUGGACAAGAUGUUGACCUUUAACCCUCACAAGAGGAUCGAGGUGGAGGAGGCCCUGGCUCAUCCUUACCUGGAGCAAUACUACGACCCCACAGACGAGCCCGUCGCUGAGGCUCCGUUCAAGUUUGACAUGGAGCUGGAUGAUCUACCAAAGGAGACGCUGAAGGAGCUCAUCUUUGAAGAGACGGCACGUUUCCAGCAAGCCUUCAGGUCCUAACAUCUCACACAGAUCUGUGUGGACGGGCCACUGCUCCUCCCUGCUCCUCCCUGCUCCUCCCUGCCUCCACACUGUUGCUGUGAUAUAAAUAUCUAUUCUCUUUUCUUUCUCCUGCUUUUCCACAUCACCUGGAUUCCCUGGGUCUCACUCGUCAAGUCCACUUUACUCAGGAAUGGCGUCAGGAAUCAAUCAAUCAAUCAAUCAUCACGUCUCUUUCCCCCGGAGGUGAAGGGUGAGGGCAGCAGUGAGGGAGGCUGGGGGAGGGGGGGGCAGAUCACAGCUUACAGUUUUGGGGGGGGGGGAUUUUUGUGAUUUAAGCCAAGAUAAACAAUUUGUGUGUGUUUGUGUCUCAAAGGCGUUUGGCUCUGGCUUUUCUUAUUCACGACCUUUUCAUGUCCAGCGGUAGACGAGCUUCUCUCUGUGUCGCUGUGAUGGCUCCGCCCACAUCGCACAAAACCACGGUUUAUUACGUAGAAAGAUUCAUCGUUAAAAUCAAAGGGUCUUUUUGAAUUUCUCACCUUUGACGCACUGUUACAAGCGAGGCGCUCUCUCUCUCUCUCUCUCUCUCGCCCGCUUUGGCUCUUUUGACAAAACGAAAAACACAAAUGAAAUCAACUGAUUUAUGCAAUGAAGUCACGGGAUCAUCCUCUGGGGGCCAUGAGCCAUCGCAGAACCCUCUCACCGAGGCCCUAAUGCAAAUACAUACAUAUAAAUAUGAAUAUAUAAAUAGAUAUAUACAGCCUAAAGAGUCUUAAGAUAUUUUAAUGGCAGGUGGGACGACAGAAGGUGAAUCAGAUGAAUUUAUAACCUUUUUCUUUUUAUCAAAAAACAUUUAGAAAAAACGCCCGUUUUUAUUUCUCAUCAGCUUCAGUGAGUCGUCAAAAAAAAAAAAAUCACAUCUCAUGAAGCGCCGAAAAGUUUCACCUUCGAUUUCUGCCUUAGCCACGAGAACCUGAAGGAAACGUGAAGAUGGAUCCACACGCGUGUUGUGAGGAGAAUGUUUUUCAUAUUUGGGGGAGUCACCGCGUCGGGGGGGAAUUCAGUGUCGCUCUUUUCCUCCUGUCCCGUGUUUUAGUUUUUUCUUCGGCCUGUGUCUUUCUCUCUCGCCUUGUCAGAAAACAACUGUGCCCUUUGCAUGACUGUUAAAAAGCUCUGUAUACAAAGACCACGAUGUUAAGUGCCACACGAGCCGGGCAGAGCCGCCGGGGGGGGGGGGGGGGGGCCGGCUCUGACCUUCGACCCCCUGUGGUUAAUCACCCCUCCCGACCACACGGUGCUUUGUCUGCUCUCCUUCUCCAGCGUCCUCGUCUCUUUAGUUCUCACCUCCAUCGAUGCUCAUUCCCACAGUUUCCAGUCUCCUCGUGACGCAGAGACAUCGACGCUGUUGUGGUCGCUAAUAGGAGAAUAACCAUAUAUCGGUAUUUAUACCAAGUUCAACACAAACCUGUUGUUUCCUGAAGCUGAGAACCGGGAUCCAGACGUGACGCUGUCAGAAGAAUCCUCACAUGAAGCUGAUCGUGUCCUUUGAGACUUUUCUCUUUUGCUGUAAUUGCACAGUUCCACUCAGACGACAGUAGAGGGCAGCGUCAGCAGGCGACUGCGCCUUCACUCCAAUAGAAGAAGAGAAGCAGCUGCUGAUUGAAGACUGUUGAGUUAGGUUUCGUUUCAAGUGAAAGAAGUUAAGACCUCAUGGAUCAUAUUUGUGGAUUUGAGUGGUUCUGUCUUUUUAUCUUCAGGAGCCUCAGACGUCCUCAGUGUCCUGGUGAAUCCAGACUCUGGUCAGAUUCAUGUCCCUGAAGAUCAAAUCAAAGCAGAACCACAUUCUCCCGGGAGAUGAAAGUCAGAAUCUACCUGAACCGUCUCUGUCGGCACUUAAAGAAAGAAAUUAGAGAUUUAAACCUAAAAGGAGACGAUGUCAGAACUUCUUCUUCUUCUUCUUCUUCUUCUCAAAGACGAGUAACAUUAUGUUUCAGGCUCGAGCUCAAACUCACGAUUUCUAUCAGAAGAUUCUUAUUCUGCAUUUACUCACACGUCAGAGGCAAGUUUGAGUUUUACAGACACUUCUGGUCAAAGUAAAUCACAGUGGACAGAGUGAAAAAUCAAACAUGAGGAGUCAGUGACGAGUUGAACCACUGGAGGGCGACAGAAACCACAUUUACAGACAAUGUGGAGAUUUUCAGAUUCAGCUGAGACGACAAAUUUGUGUGUUGUAAUUGAUAAAAUAAUCAAAGCAAGUUUUCUGGGAAUAAAUUUGUAAUUUGCUGCUAAUGUAGAUAAAUUUCCAUCAUCGUGCAACCUGUCGAUUUAUAUAAUUAUGGUUUGGUCCAAAGGAAAUCCUGGAUGACUUCAGAUAAAUGACGGUUUGAAAGUCCAGGCUAGUUUGAAAUGAUGUCAGUGUUUAACAUUGUGUCUUGAUGAAUGAAUCCAAUGAUAAAAAUAUUAAUGUUUUUCAGUUUCAUCAGGAUCCAUCAAUGAUUUUCAGAAAAUUUGUGAAAUGUAAAAAAGAAACAAAACGAUGUCUCACAAUGUGAAAACACAACACAACUCUGGAUCCACAGUGAAGUUUGACAGGUUCUGAUAUGAAUCAAGUUUUACUGGGAAAGAACCUAAAACCAUUGUUCUCAGUUUCCUCUUUGCUUAAGAAUAAAAAAAAAAAAACGUUUUUUUUUCUGUCCACUGAGAUUUAUUAAAAACGACGUUAUGACCAAAACUGAUUUCAGUAAGGACAGUUUUUUGCACUCCCACGUUUCCCCUGCAGAGACGUGAGGUAGAGACGCGUCUGUCACACACUUACUAAAUGCACUUGCUUCUGCAGCAGCAGCAGUGGGACGGGACUGGGAUGGGACUGGUAAUCCGAGGUGCCUGCUGGGACUCGCCUGUAGAUAGUCUUUUUGUUUUUCUUUUUGGGGGUGGGGGGGGGGGGGACUGGAAAAACCUUCCUGAUAUUAGUUGUAUUAAAAAAAAAAAGAAGCUUCUGCUGAGUUCUUUGUGCGUCUGUUUGUGCCUUUUUUGAUAGUCUUGAUAUCCAAGAUUUGACGUGCAGCUUCUGUUUAGUCGGGAUCCGUUGUACUCGCAGUAUACGCUCUUAAAAAUGAACACAAUCAAGUCUGGGUUGGGGGGGGGGGGGGGGGGGGGAUCCUUAUCUUUCAGCUCUGUACAUUUUAAAGAGAAUCCUUUGCCACAGCUGUGUGAUUUGUGACUGUAUUGAAAAGAUGAAAAGCAAACAUUUAUAUUUUUUGCAUUACCCUUUCUUCUUUUUUUUUUUUUUGUUGGUUCUUUUCUUUGAUUGUUUUUGUGCAGAUAUUUUUAUGGUAAGAUGAAUGUUAUGUUUCUAUCGGACACUAAUCUCGUCGUCUCCAGUGGAACUUCUUCACUCUGUAUGUUUUUGAUCAGUAUAAAACCUUUAAUUGUGUAGUUUAACUUUUUCUCAAAGCAAAAGUAAAGACCUGGAGCUCCUCGGCUGUGUUUCGAUCUGCCACAGGAAUAGUUUCAAUCGAUCGGUUUCAUUUUAUCGUUUGAAGGAUUUUGACUUGAACAAAGCGUUUUCUGGGCUGUUAUUAAAAACCAACGGCCACUUUGAAAAGAUCUUUUCUCUUUGCAACUCUGCCCAGACAUUCGAAUCGACAUUAAAAACACUGAACCAAGUCUGUGACGUGUGUUUUUGAGCCACAAUCCAGAUUCUCACGUGUGGAGGAAAUGAUCAAUGUUUAAUGUUGUUUAAUGACACGAGUGGAAAUUCUUAAUAAAACUGGUUUAUUACUCCAAAA